AUGGGGGACCUUCAUUACUUUCUAGGCAUUCAAGUUAGCAAGACUAAGGGUGGAGGACUAUUACUCAGCCAAGAGAAAUAUGUCAAUGAUUUACUGGGUAAGGCAGGCAUGAUAGGCUGCAAACCUUGUAGAACACCUCUCCCAUCAUCACUAAAAAUCUCUCAGUUUGGUGGUGAUAAGUUUGAUGAACCAGAACUUUAUCGUUCACUGGUAGGCAGUCUUCAGUAUCUCACAGUUACAAGACUAGAGCUUGCUUAUGCUGUAAGCAAAAUCUUUCAGUUCAUGAAUGAAUCUUUGAAUAUCACAACCUAUUGUGAUUUAGACUGGGGGAGAGACCCUGAUGACAGAAAGUUGACUGGUGGUAUAUGUGUUCUCUUAGGAAGCAAUUUAGUUUUUUGGUCAUCUAAGAAGCAGUCUGUGGUAGCCAGAUCAAGCACAGAGGCUGAAUACAGAGCUAUGGCGGAUCUAGUUGCAGAACUAAUUUGGAUCAAGAACCUGCUAAGCGAGUUAAGGGUCACAAUUUCACUCCUACCAUAUACUGUGAUAACCUGA